CCCCCCCCGGCCUGCUCACCACUGCGCCUGCGCACCCCACGUGCCCUUUCCCUUUAAACAGCGCCCAGGCGCGCCUGUCUCCACUGCGCCGGCGCGAGAAGCAGCUGGCGGAAACGCAGAACCGGCUUAAUGGUGACGGCCGCUUCCGGUCGGAGUGAGGCUGGACGGCCCGAGGGGACGCUGCAAGGCCAGAGGCAGCACCCAACUGUCAGCCAGUUUUCCCGGUGUCAGUGUUGAAGCAGCCCGCUCCCGGCUCCAUGUGCUUCUCCACAAGUCACUUUACAAACCGGAGGAUUUGUCGUCUCUUCCAUGGCCACCUCACAGACUUCGCAGACUGUUGCAGCGCACGUCCCCUUCGCAGAUUUAUGUUCCACAUUAGAACGAAUACAGAAAAGUAGAGACCGUGCAGAAAAGAUCAGGCACUUCAAGGACUUCUUAGAUUCUUGGAGGAAAUUUCAUGAUGCCCUUCAUAAGAACAAGAAGGAUGUUACGGACUCUUUUUACCCAGCCAUGAGACUUAUUCUUCCUCAGUUAGAAAGAGAGAGGAUGGCUUAUGGAAUCAAAGAAACCAUGCUCGCCAAGCUUUACAUCGAAUUGCUGAAUUUACCAAGAGGAGGCAAGGAUGCCCAGAAGCUCCUGAAUUACCGAACACCUAGUGGGGCUCGCACAGAUGCUGGUGACUUUGCCAUGAUUGCAUACUUUGUGUUGAAGCCACGGUGCUUACAGAAAGGAAGCUUAACCAUACAGCAGGUGAAUGAACUCUUAGACUUAGUUGCCAGCAAUAAUUCUGGCAAAAGGAAAGACCAAGUGAAAAAGAGCCUUCUCCAGUUAAUAAGCCAAAGUUCAGCACUUGAGCAAAAGUGGCUGAUUCGCAUAAUUAUCAAAGACUUAAAGCUUGGUGUCAGUCAACAAACUAUAUUUAACGUUUUUCAUAGCGAUGCAGUUGAGCUGCACAAUGUCACCACAGAUCUGGAAAAGGUCUGUAGGCAGCUCCAUGACCCCUCUGUGGGGCUCAGUGAUAUCUCCAUCACUCUGUUUUCUGCCUUUAAGCCAAUGCUAGCUGCCGUAGCAGAUGUGGAGCGCGUGGAAAAGGACAUGAAGCAGCAGAGCUUCUACAUCGAAACCAAGCUGGAUGGCGAACGCAUGCAGAUGCACAAAGAUGGGGAGGUGUAUCGGUACUUCUCCAGAAAUGGCUACAACUACACUGAUCAGUUUGGCGCCUCUCCACAGGAAGGGUCACUCACCCCAUUCAUUCAUGGUGCGUUCAGGACAGACGUGCAGGUGUGCAUCCUUGAUGGCGAGAUGAUGGCCUACAACCCGACCACACAGACCUUCAUGCAGAAGGGCGUCAAAUUUGAUAUCAAAAGGAUGGUUGAAGAUUCUGACCUGCAGACGUGUUAUUGUGUUUUUGAUGUGUUGAUGGUUAAUAAUAAGAAGCUAGGGCGUGAGACCCUCAGGAAGAGGUAUGAUAUCCUGAAUGAUACUUUUACACCCAUCCCAGGCCGCAUAGAAAUAGUGCAGAAAAGGCAAGCUCAUACAAAGAAUGAAGUAGUGGAUGCAUUAAAUGAGGCCAUAGAUAACAGAGAGGAGGGCAUCAUGAUUAAACACCCUCUGUCCAUUUACAAGCCAGACAAAAGAGGCGAAGGCUGGCUAAAAAUUAAACCAGAGUAUGUCAAUGGAUUAAUGGAUGAAUUAGACCUCUUAAUUGUGGGGGGCUACUGGGGUAAAGGCUCACGGGGUGGCAUGAUGUCUCACUUUCUGUGUGCAGUGGCAGAGACACCCCCUCAUGGUGAGAAGCCAUCUACCUUCCACACCCUGUGCCGUGUUGGGUCGGGAUACACCAUGAAAGAACUCUAUGAUCUUGGCUUGAAACUGGCCAAAUACUGGAAACCCUUUCAUAGGAAAUCUCCGCCGAGUAGCAUUUUAUGCGGGACAGAGAAGCCGGAAGUGUACAUCGAGCCCUGUAACUCUGUUAUUGUUCAGAUUAAGGCAGCGGAGAUCGUCCCCAGUGACAUGUACAAGACCGGCUCCACGCUGCGCUUCCCACGCAUCGAGAAGAUCAGAGAUGACAAAGGAUGGCAUGAGUGCAUGACUCUGGGUGACCUGGAAGAGCUGAGGGGGAAAGCAUCUGGGAAGCUUGCCACGAAACACCUUCACAUAGGUGAUGAUGACGAACCUAGAGAAAAGAGGCGGAAACCCGUCUCCAAAACGAAGAAAAGCAUUGGAAUUAUUGAACACUUGAAAGCACCUAACCUUUCUAACGUAAGCAAGGUUUCUAAUGUAUUUGAAGAUGUUGAGUUUUGUGUGAUGAGUGGGUUAGAUGGUCAUCCGAAGUCUGACCUAGAGAACAGAAUUGCAGAAUUUGGUGGUUAUAUAGUGCAGAAUCCAGGCCCAGAUACAUACUGUGUGAUUGCAGGGUACGAGAACAUCAGAGUGAGAAACAUUAUCUCUUCAGAUCGACAUGAUGUUGUCAAGCCCGAGUGGCUGUUAGAGUGUUUUGAAACAAAAACGUGUGUGCCAUGGCAACCUCGCUUUAUGAUUCACAUGUGCCCAUCAACAAAGCAGCAUUUUGCCCGUGAAUAUGAUUGCUAUGGCGAUAGCUAUUUUGUUGAUACCGAUGUGGAUCAACUGAGAGAAGUGUUUUUAGGAAUUAAGAAACCCAGUGAGCAGCAGACUCCGGAGGAAAUGGCGCCUGUGAUCGCUGACUUAGAGUACCGUUAUUCCUGGGACCACUCUCCUCUCAGCAUGUUUCGACAAUGCACCGUGUAUCUCGACUUGUAUGCUGCUAUUAAUGACUUGAGUUCCAAAAUGGAAGCAACGAGAUUAGAUGUCACAGCACUUGAGCUGCGGUUUGGUGGAGCAAAGGUCGUUUCCUGCUUAUCUGAGGGGGUGUCUCAUGUAAUCAUCGGGGAAGAUCAGAGACGAGUUGCAGACUUCAAAGUCUUCAGAAGAACUCUUAAGAAAAAGUUUAAAAUCCUGCAAGAACGCUGGGUGACUGAUUCAGUAGACAAGUGUGAAUUGCAGGAGGAAAAUCAGUAUUUGCUUUAGGGCUAGCUAUCCAGGGAAAACAUUGGCUGUGCCAGACAACAGCAGACAGUAAUGACGAAACAGCCAGUGACAUUCGUUUUCUCUCUUAAAUACUUCAGAAGUGGUAGUUACCUGAAGACAGUGUUUAGAUAGAAAAGAAACUGAAUGGGCCAGAGCCUAAAAGGAUGUUUCCUAAUCUGACUUUUAACCAUGGCACAAUGAGCUUCAAGAGGUGUGUGUGUGGUGUCCAUACAGAAGCUGGAGUUUGGAUUCAGAUUGUAGCAAAGUGGAUUUUGAAGCUUUUAGAAUCAUCACAGCUCUUGACUUUCUAAACAGAAUUUUCCAGAGUUAAAAAUUAUAACUGUUUUUAGCUAAUAAAAAGAUUAUUUAAAAAAAUCAGAGUUGUUACAGUUAGACUUAUAAAAAUAAGUCAUUUUAUUUGAGGGCUUAAAUGCCAUCUUUAAGCAUGAAGUAUUUUAAUAAACAGUUUUUUAAGGUUAUGGCCAAAUGAAUUAAUAAGUAGAUUUCUUUUGAUAAGGUGAGGGAAGUUAAAAGAGAAUCAUCUAAACACUGGACACUUGAGAUGUUAAUUGAUUUGGUUGAAAAAGAACCCUUGCAGUUUUAAAUUUAACUUUUCUGAAGUAGGGCAUGUUUGAUAGAGAAAUGUUUUUCGUGAAUUUGCACUACAGCAUUAACAGAGUUCAUGGAGCUUGUCUCCUCUGAUGAUUCUCUGAAGUGGUGUCCAUACAAUGACCAAGCUGUGACUUCCCUUAGAGACCAGGUGCUUUAACUUUGGAGAUGGCUUUUAUAGUUAGGUUGACGUCACAGUCACAUGUGUAUUAUAUCUGUGUUCAGAAAUGUACUUCCGUGGCAGCACUGAGGUGGAGGAGUGUCAGACCUGACGUAAUGGGUAUAAAUUAUUUGAAGUAGUCUUCUUUUCGAAGCAAUGGAAUAAGUGUUUGUGAUUAUUAUAAUUUAAAUAAAGUUAUUAAAUAUUUAAUACAAUACCAAAAUUACAUUCUUUUAAAUCAGUUCAUCAGAGUUCUUUGAUUCAUAU